GCAGAAAAAAAGCGUCCUAUAUAUAGGUAUCUCUCUCUCUCUCUCUCUCUUGAAUUGACAGCACCCUAUGCGGCGAUGUGCGUUAUAUACGCCGUCUGUCAAAUGUGUGUGACAAUCGGUUUUCCCUAUUCGGUUCACGCACUUGUCGCUAACGGACGGCGCGGAGCAACGCGCACCGACAGACAAAAAUCUUUUCAAGACCGGCGGCGAACGAAAAAACCGAACGUUUCUCAACAAUUUCGCCGCCUUGUAUGUAAAUAAAUAGAAGCAACCCUUAACGUGAUAAUGAGAUCUUUACGACGAGAUUAACUUUGACACACGUUGAGAAAUGGUUCGGUCAAGUAGUAGAUAAACACCAUGUCCCAAAGAAAGAAUAUGAGAAGAUUGGAAGGAAAGCGAUCGAAGGAGCUGAUGUCCUCUUCUAGUCUUUCUGGUAUGUCGCAGUUAUCCAACAGCAGUGAGGAAACAUUGGAGGCCUUUGUACAUAAACCUCACAAAUCUGAUAAUUUAGAAAAAACAACCAAUGCACAGAACAACGAAUGGUUAUUGAAAGGACCAAGCAAGACGUCUGUUUUACGCUUUAAAUGUUCCGCUUUAGCUACACCACCGGAAGAUCCACCUGCAAAACAGCUACACAUGACUUACAAGAUUUUUCAAACAGACACUAGACUUGUUACUCUCUUGCUGCAAUCGCAUGGCUUGGUAGAGGUAUCUAUGAACGAAACAGAUUUUAACGUACUGUGGAUGGGAAAUCAUCCGAAGCCGGAUAUUUUGCGAAAUUUAAUGCCUUAUCAAAAAGUCAACCAUUUUCCUAGGUCUUACGAGAUCACCCGUAAAGACCGUCUCUACAAGAACAUCGAAGCUAUGCAGCGGAGUAAGGGCCUACGAAACCUCGACUUUAUACCUCAGACUUUUCUACUGCCUGCUGAAGCUAGAGAAUUGAUUUCGGCGCAUUUUAGAUAUAGAGGACCGUGGAUCGUCAAGCCCAAAGCUAGCUCACGGGGUCGUGGUAUUUACAUCGUUAACAAUCCCGAGAAGAUUCUGACAGACGAAUCGGUCAUUGUGGCGCAAUACAUAAAUAAUCCGCUUUUAGUCGACGGGCACAAAUGCGACUUGCGUCUCUACGUAGCUGUAACGAAUUACGAUCCUCUGCUAAUUUAUUUGUACGAAGAGGGUUUGGUGAGAUUUGCAGCUGUUAAAUAUGACGGUGGAAACCAAUAUACUUGGAAUCCUUGCAUGCAUCUUUGCAACUACAGUAUAAACAAAUUUCACGUGGAUUAUGUGAAGAGCGAGGAUCCUGACGCUGAGGAUGUAGGGCAUAAAUGGACUUUGUCAGCGUUGCUCAGACACUUGCGCUCAAUGGGUCAAGAUACGGAAUCGCUUAUGCAUCGAAUAGAAGAUAUUAUAAUAAAGUCUAUCCUUGCCACUGCAUCUGGAAUAGUUAGCGGUUUGAAGCAAUUCGUGAAAUAUCCCGAAACAUGUUUCGAACUAUUUGGCUUUGAUAUACUAAUUGAUGAUACGCUGAAGCCAUGGUUACUGGAAGUAAAUUUAACUCCCUCAUUGGGAUGCGAUUCACCUCUAGAUAUUAGACUCAAAUCAGCUUUAAUAGCAGACUUGCUUACUCUUGUUGGCAUACCUGCUGUCGAUCCAAUCCUGCGUUCUCGAAAUUUAAAUCGUGCUGCCGUUAAUUCCAAUAAAAAGAUAUCUAGUUAUAGAAGAGUACAGUCCGCAGAAACUUUACCUCAGGAAAGAAGAAGUAUUGAUAGAAGUAAUAAAAAUAAAACAGGCCUAAGCUCGGAGCAACAACGAAUAGUAGCGUCCGCGAGAGCGCAAUUCGAGAGAAGAGGCGGAUUUGUUAGAAUAUUUCCAAGUCCGAAGUCUUGGGAACUCUAUUCUCAAUACUUAGAUCCGAUUACAGGAGCGCCAAUGAUAUCGGAUCCGCUUGGUCCAAGGUUACCGCAAUACGUCAAUACAAAUCAUAAUUUAAUGUUGCACGAACAGCUAUUUCCUGCAGCCAAUCGCGUUACCGGCUAUAUUAUACCUGAAGUAACGUUAGACAGAUUAUCUAGGUACGUUCGUCAUCGCUCCCUGUCACACUUCGCAAUGUAUGAGAGAUACGAGAGAGCAUUGGUGAAAGGUCACAAACAGAGUCUGGAUAGGAAAAAUAAUAAAGAAAAUCUUGAUGUAGAUAUGCACAAAUAUAAGAAUCAAGUGAUACAAUCGAUGCAGGAAGGCAACAAGCUAAGUCCUGGUGAAGCAAGAAAAGCCUUCGGUUUGUAUCUAGGUUACAUUUUACGAAAAAUAUCACAGCCUAAUGCCGAUACGGCCUCGUGCGAUCUUGUUAUGAAGUUUCUCCAACACUCGUCUUGCAGUCUGAGGACGCCAUUUUUAUUUACGUUACCAUGCAGUAAAUUAAACGAUAAAGACCGAGCUGCCGUUACUGCAAAACAGCUUUCUGAUUUUCUGCAUCUGUAUAACAGAGAAACGGAUCUUUACGAAGAUACUGUAGAUAGACCUCGUACUGUACCUAAUAAGCUCUUCCAAAAGUUUUUGGCUGCAGCGAGCGAGCAAGAUCUUGAUGACGUGCUAAUUCUACAAACUCGCCUUUACAAGUGCGCUCACAGUUUUUUGGGUAGAAGCGGCUUUGCUGGCAGUUUACGAGGCGCAUCCAAUCUUCUCGGAUCCUUGCCGCAUAUUACGUCGCGGGUAUAUUCCAAUGCCGCUGUAACCGAACAGUGCAGGUGCAACAACUCGAUCACUAGGUUGUUGAGUCGACGGCUAUAAAAUGUUAAAAAAUAUCUCAACUAUUCUGAUACCAAUUGUGGCAACUUCUCUUAUACGCUAAUAGCAUUAACGGAUCUUUCUUAUAUAUAUAGCAUUGAAAGUAUAGUCACAGAAAAAAAAAAAAAAAAACAUAUUUUGGGUACGCUCUAGAGCAUUUUAAUAUACAUUUGCGAACACAUAAUAAGCUAAUAUAAUACAUUCUUCCUCUCGACACACGAUUUAUUGUGUACGAAAAUAGUGAAGAGAAACAAGGAAGAAAUCGCCAAUCCACCAUCGUUACUGUCUCUCGGAGCAAUAGCACUUAUAAACUGCGGGAUUAAUGUGCGAGAGAUUGAUUUAGUCAUUUAUGAAUUUUGAGAAGAAUUUAAGCGAGCUAAAGAAAUAAUGAAAACGGCCAUUAAACAGUAAGUGAAACCUCCGUUCUUAAUUUUAAUAACAAACUCAUCGACAAAAGAAAUACAAUUGAUUUUCUCUCACAAUUGAUCGGAACUGUUAUAAAGCGUUGUUUAAUCAUGUUUUUAUUGAAUUUCAAUUUAUGACCCUUUCAUGGCGAUGUGUGUCGCGUUUAUGUUUCUUUUAUUUUCUUUAAUAAUUCAAACACUGUACAAGUGCCUUCAUAUAAAAAAAACGGAAACUUUCUUUAACACACGCUAAAAACAGCUAAAGAAUUUGUUUUUUUCAAGAACAGAGGUCUUGCUUCGCAUUCUAAAAUUGUUAAGGCAGUAUGAAUAUUUAAGAUGUCUCAUUACGAGUUUUUUUUUUAAAGAAAAAUGUGUCAAAAUCGUUACCUUAUAUUAGUUUUCGCUUAUUAUUUAUUAAUUUUAGAUUGUGAAUUGAGUCUUUUCUAUUAAAUCCAGUAAUGGAUGUAAUUGCACAAAACUUUAUAUAGAGAGGCUUUUCUAAUUUAUGCGAUGAUUAAAAAGAGAAGAUCGAAUUUUUUCACUAGUCUAUGAAACAGAGAAACGUACUCUGUUGUACUCUAGUGUAUAUUGUAAAGUGUACUAAUUAAUUAUGUACAUAAUUGUGGAAUUAUUCACUAAUUCAACAAUUAUAUAUGUACUAUUCAAUAAUUAUAUAUAUAUAUACAUAAUUGUUUGAAAUUACAUAAUAUAUACAUAAUUGUGUUAGUAUACACUUUACGUAUACAUAUCAACUUAUAUAUAUUUUCUGUAUUGUGCAAAUAGAUAAGAUGCUCAAAUUAAGCAAAAUAGUUUACACAUAUUGCUUAAUCCAUCUGCAUAUUUCGCGUUGUUAUUUAUAUACUUCUCUAAUAUUUAAUCAAGAUUAUAUAAAUCUCCGAAAGGCGCUUUUAUUAUCUAAAAUAAUAAAUAUUUAAAACUUUUAAAAUCGAGUUAAAAAGAUAUAUAUAUAUUUUGUUUAAUAUUAAAAAAAAAUUAUAUAUAUAUCUCGACGACUUGUGAAAGAAAACUAAAUUAGUUUCAAUAACUCUGUGACUUUUAAAAUCGAUGUCUUUUAACACGAAAAGAAACAAGCUUAUUUCCGCUACGUAACUUAUAGCGUCGCAAAAUUUUAACUCUGUUAGAGUAUAUUUAUUUAUUUAUUUCUGUGGAGA